UCGCACCUGUACAAAUGAUAUAGGACACGCGGACCUGGAAUACACUUACUGUCGCAAUCGAGUGCUUCUGUCGCAGACCAAGUUUUGCUUGUUUUAAUUGUACUUGCACGCCAUGGACGUCGACACGCCUCUGAUUAAGCUCGAUGUUCUGGAGCUGGUCAACGGUUCGCGCAUGACAUACGGCUUGCGCCAUCAAGAUUUCCAGCGAUACCGUAAACACUGCACUCAUCGCGUUCAACGACUUCGACAAAUUCUCCAUCUGACAAAACCAAACAACAAAAAGACAAAUCAACAAAAGGAGUUGCCAGCCAAAAUCAGUGAUGCUAGAUAUCUCCACUUGUACGUGUUUGAAGUCGAACGAGCUUGGGCCUAUGCUAUGGAUUUGAACCAAGAACUUUCUGCGGAUACACGCAAGAGACAUCAUACCCGAAAGAAAUUGAAGCGUGCCACACAACAUGCAGAAGCUCUAUAUGAGCUUUGUGAGCAACAAGAUGUCGAGGAUCGAUCUAAGCUCGAGGCGUAUGCUGCUGCUAUGCGUGGUCAUUUAUAUUUCGAGCUGCAGCAAUGGCAAGAUGCAUUGAAUCAAUUCGUUUCUGCUAGAACGAUCUAUGAGCAUUUUGCCGGUCUCAGCUCGACCACCCACCAUGAAGCGCUGUGCUACGCCGCUAUCGAUGAUAUUGAUCCCAGUAUACGUAUUUGCGCUUACAACCUCCGACUGAACGAAACGUCCAUGGCAAGCAACGUGGAUGAGCUGGUCAAAUCAUUGAAACAGUCGGAUGCUGCUGGUAUUGCAUCGCUCGAACAACAGCUGUCCAAAAUCAGCCAGGACGGUGGCAAGGGCAGAGGCGCCGAGUCACUUGCCCAAGUCAGCUGGAGAGAUAGACAAGCAGCAAUCAAGAAUGACAAGGUGGCAAAGGCUGUCGCAAAAGCUCAAGAAGCCACUCGACAAUCUGAUUCUACAAAGCAUGACGAUGAUGCAUCCACCUCGUUUGAUCGUGUGUUGGCGGUUUGGGCUGAGGCAGAAAAAUUGGUAAAAAAGGCAUUGAAGGAGGACAAGGAGGCGACGGCCAAGGUGGCAUCGUCCAAGUCUGCCAAAUCAACAGAGGAGCUCCAGUUCAUCUACUCCUAUGUGGCAUAUAAUAUGUAUGCUCGUUCGAUUCAGCGUAAUGUGCAAUUGGUGGCACAAGGUGAUAGUGAUGGUGCCCAGCGCAAACCGCAAGAAAAUGUUCGAUUGCACGAUGACAUUUUGAAGUAUUUGGAGUCAAUACGGGAGUUACUUUCGCACGAACAAGAGGGUCAACUCGACUGGGAAUUGAAUGUUUUGACACAUUACUAUCGCGGCUGCAGAUGUCUGCACGUGGCACAGGCAUAUGCUGACCUCAACCGUAUUGCGGAAGCAGUGGCGCUCUAUCGCGUGGCACAGACAUACAUCGCACAAGCUAAGCAACUUCUUCAUCAAGGUGACAGCUUUGCCAGCGACUCGGUAUUGACAGUAUCGGAUAAGGACCUGGUGGAAUUGGAACAGACGCUUCGAAACAACGCGUGGAAGACACAGGCUGCUUGGUAUUUGAAGCAUGGUGGCAACACUGCCGAAAGCGACCUGCAAACUCAAAUGGAACAGCUGAACUUGGACGAUGAAAAGAAGGUCAGUAAUGAUACCUUUUGAAGAUGUACAAUGAUUAACUCCUGCUUAUAUCUGUGGAAAACUAUAGAUUCCUCUGCUGGAACAGCUGGAUGUUUAUCCUGCCGCAUUAACUGCCGAAGCCCCCAACCUGGUGGAAUUCCCUCCACGAUUCGAGCCUGCCGUGGGC